AUGGCGGAGACGGCUUUGCCCGUCUUCGUCCUCAGAAUCGCCUCCCCGGCAGUCAUCCUCCUCGCUGCCCUAUCCGUCCUUUCAACAAGGCCAAAUCCCGACCAACACUCGCCAAUAACCUCUGUGGUCGUCGCUACAACCGUUCCUCGUCGUGCUGCUAUUCUUUCUUUUCUUUCUCUUUCGGCCCUCACUUAUCUUGCUGAUGGGCUCGUCUUUGUUGUUUUUGCCGUUCUUUCGAAACAGUGGCCUCGUCAUAGCGGAAUCCCGAUCAACACCAUCGUCGGUCUGGUCGGGUUCGCUGGCCUGGCUGCCAUUGGCGCCUGGAAGGACGUCGCUGGUGUCGAGAUCUGGUCCCUCAGGAGGAUUAGAACCGCAGUCUCCACUACCUUGCUCCUCGACAUUGCCCUCACCGUCUUACUCGGCGUGGAGCUACGCGAUGCCGCUCAAAUUCCAGAAGGCCACAUUGCCCUUCAGAACCUUUUGCAUUUAGCUUUGCCUGCUUUCCGUGUUCUUCUUCUCUUCUCUUUGCUCGGUUCCCUCGUUUCACCUCGCGUCACCUAUACCGCGGUUCCUUCCACCGACGACGAAGUCCAGCAACCGACUGCCUCAAGCUUCUUGUUGCCACCAGAAGCCGGUCAUCAACAAUCCACGGGUCUUUCAGCCUUGAAUGGGGAGAACAGCAAGUAUGGAACUUUCCGUCCGACGCGUUCCAAUGUUGCCAGCUCGGCACCGGCGACCAGGGCCACCACUCCUGCUCCAUCGACCGCCCCAGGGUUUGAACCCAAGCCGGAGAUUUCGCUAGAGCCCACCUGGUCGGAACUCUUUGCACGAAUUCGUCGUCUCUCGCCCUACCUCUGGCCGUCCAAGAGCCGCUAUCUGCAAUUUGUUGCUAUUCUUUGCAUCGUCAUUCUGGUCAUUGGACGCGUCGUCAACCUCGCUUUGCCCCUCGCGUUGGGCAAACUCAUCUCCAGCCUUGAAGGCAACGGAACUUCGCCAUGGCCCUACCUCUUUGGCUACGUCGGUCUUCGCUAUCUGCAGGGAAGCGGUGGUUUAUCCGCUAUUCGUGAUGCUCUCUGGGCGCCUGUCAUGCAAUACUCGGAUCGAGAAAUGUCCCAGCUGGCUUUCGAUCAUAUCUUGAACCUUUCGUUUGCCUGGCAUACGCGCAGAAAGACUGGUGAAAUCUUGCGAGUGCUGGACCGUGGUGCUGCCAUUAAUCAUACUUUUGAACUUAUUCUUUUCAACAUCGUUCCUACAUUCGUCGAUAUUUUCAUUGCUCUCGCUGCCUUCUGCUGGCUAUUCGAAUGGACCCUCGCUGCUGUCAUCUUUGUUGUUAUGUUCUCUUAUGUUGCCGCCAGUGUUAUUCUCACCAAAUACCGAACCCGACUUCGCCGUCAGAUGAAUGACCGCGAUGUGAUUACCCGUGGAAUCCAUACCGACGUUCUGUUGAACUACGAGACUGUCAAGUACUUUGGCGGUGAAGACCAUGAAGGCGAGCGAUACCGGGAAGCUAUGCGCGAGUAUCAAAAGUUGGAGCUCAAGGUUAUCCUUUCGUUGAACUUGCUCAACCUUGUCCAGAACUUCAUUAUCACGGUCGGACUUUUGGUUGGAUCGAUGAUGGUGGCGGAUGGCAUUGUGAAGGGACGAUGGGGUGCUAGCGAAUUCGUUAUCUUCAUCACUUAUCUCGCUCAGCUGUAUGGCCCUCUCAACCAACUCGGGUACAUCUACCGCUCUGUCAAUCAGUCUUUGGUUGAUACCGAGCGACUUCUCGCUCUCUUGAACGAGCCCACCGAGGUCAACGAUAAACCUAACGCCCCCGACCUCGUUGUAACCGAUGGAGAGAUCGAGUUCCGUGACGUUUGCUUCUCGUAUGAUGAGCGUACCACUGCGCUCAACAAGAUCAGCUUCAAGGUGCCCAAGGGUUGCUCCGUUGCACUUGUCGGCGAAUCUGGUUCUGGAAAGUCGACCAUCUUGCGAUUGCUCUAUCGAUUCUAUGACCUCAAGGACGGAGAAGGUGCCAUUUUGAUUGAUGGUCAGGAUAUCAGGGAUGUGACUCAGAAGAGCUUGCGCCACGCCAUCGGUGUCGUCCCUCAAGACUCGGUUCUCUUUAACACUACGAUUUCGUACAACAUUGGAUAUGGCAAAUUUGGUUCGAGUCAGGAAGAGAUCGAGGAGGCUGCUCGUUCAGCUCAGAUGCAUGACCGAAUCAUGUCAUUCCCGAAUGGUUACGAGACCAAGGUUGGCGAGCGCGGUGUCCGACUUAGUGGUGGCGAGAAGCAGCGCGUGUCCAUUGCCCGAACUCUUCUCAAGAAUCCUCCCAUCCUCCUUUUGGACGAAGCGACCAGUGCCCUUGAUACGUCGACUGAGAAGGACAUCCAGAAGGCAUUGCAGAACCUCGUUCAAGGCAGAUCCUCUCUCUCAAUUGCCCACCGACUUUCCACUAUUGCCUCAGCUGAUCUGAUUUUGGUGUUGAAGGAAGGACAAAUUAUCGAACAGGGUACCCACGCAGAGUUGCUUGCACUCGAUGGCGUCUUCGCUUCCAUGUGGGCCGAUCAGGUCUCGUCUUCUGACCCCAUUUCGAGGAAGAGCAGCUUCAGGAAGGAGGUCGAAUCCAACGCGCCUGACUCGAGCCCUACCACUUUGGACGGCGGUGAUCCUGUUGGACAACCCUCUGAACCUGCUGGCGCCUUUCAAGAGGCAUUGAUCGAUUUGCGCGAUGACACCGACAAGGUUGAAGAGGAUGAGAAUAAGCCGGUUGAAGAACAGACGAAGGAUGUCCCAAAGGAGCCUGAAGUUUCCAGGAACCUGGCGAGCGACCCUGUUGUGGCCUUCCCCUCGUCUGAACCUCUCGAUGAGGAGCCAUCGCAACCCCGUGGUUCUUCCUUGAAUGUCACUGCGGCCGGUCAGGACGGUUCCACCAGGGGCCCCGAUGCACCUGUCUCCGCAGCAUCCCCGAUCGCUUCUGCCCCUAUCGCCUUCCCUGCCUCUGACUCGGCUUCAGUACUUGACAAACCAGAGACAUCUGCAUCCCCCCCUCAAGGUGCCUCCAGCGUUUCCCCCCCUGUUCCGUUCGGAGUUACGUUCGAAGAAGCCACUUCCCCUCCACGCAACGGCACCCCCGACCCUGACGCAGAGCCCAAACGCAAGAGGACUGCAUCGCAGAACUUCCAACGUCUCGCUCGCCGGAUCUCACUUACGACUCGCAGACAGGGCUCAGUGUCCUCGAUUUUGCCCGUUUUGAAGCGUGAAACCGCUUCCCCUCGUGGUUCGACGGAUGAGGGAACUAGUUCCCGAGGAGAGGGUAGCUCUAUCACCGCUGUUAUGAGUGACAGCCCGGCGCCUAGCAUGAAGAGCGACGAACCCAAGCCCAAGUUGAAGAAGAAGGACAAGAAGAGGAAGAGCACCCUCGGCAGUCCUUGAUUCUGACCGCUUGUUUCCUUUCAUUUCCUUUUGUAACGACUGUUAAUGACCCGCACACACACAUUCUAUGCAUGCUGUUUUACGUUUUCUUCUGCUACUUUACUACUUACGACUGCUGUAUCUGUUGUCUCGCACAUUACUAUCGUACAUUGCGCAAAUGGCAAAGCAUGCUGAGUGUUUUGGGGUGUGUGUUUCGUAAA